AUUGUUUCUCUAGGUAAUACGGGUCAAACUCUUCUUAGAGGAGCAUUAUAUAUACAGCAGAACACUGAGGAAUUCGUUUAAAGAUUAGCUUCAGUCAUCAGAAUCUUGUUCCACGAAAAUCCUUACUACAUCAAAAGAUGCAAAUGGGGUCAACAAUAAAGGAUGACAGGGAGGAAGUUUUACAGGCAUGGUAUAUGGAUGAUACUGAUGAUGAUCAAAGAUUACCCCAUCACCGAAAUCCAAAGGAAUUUGUCUCGUUGGAGAAACUUGCUGGACUUGGGGUGCUCAGCUGGCGAUUAGAUGCAGAUAAUUAUGAAACAGAUGACGAGUUAAAGAAAAUUCGUGAAACUCGUGGAUACUCUUACACGGACUUCCGUGAGGUGUGCCCUGAAAACUUGCCGAAUUAUGAACAGACAAUAAAAACCUUUUUUCGAGAACAUCUUCACAUUGAUGAGGAAAUCCGUUAUUGUGUUGCUGGAAGCUGUUAUUAUGAUGUAAGGGAUCAUGAUGAUAAUUGGAUCCGCCUAAUGGUAAAGAAAGGCGGAAUGAUUAUACUGCCUGCUGGAAUCUAUCAUCGGUUCACUCUUGAUACAAACAAUCAUGUUAAGGUUAUGCGGCUUUUUGUUGGCGAUCCUAUAUGGACUCCUUAUAGUCGUCCACAUGAUCAUCUGCCUGCAAGGAAGGAGUAUCUGGAAUCCUUUAUCCAUAAGGCAGAUGAAAAUACCUCUGUGGAUGCCGCAGCUUGAUAACAUACACUCAAGAUUGAUGAAAAAAAUUGCAGUGAAAGGCUUCAAGAAAGUGCUAUAUAGGCAUGUUGUACUUUAUUGGACACAAUUUUAGACAUUUUUUUUUUCUUGUUGGAAUGUGAGAAUUGUGUUUGUAAGUAAUCAGUGCACCCUGUGGAACCUUUUUGGUGAAUUUUUGAGUGAAGGUCGUAAAACAAAUAUUGUAAUCAGGCGGAUGUUAGAUGGCUUAUGCAAGAAUCAAUACAUUGAUAAAGUAAUGUCCUUGUUUAU